AUGCAGAAGCUAAAUCUAGUCAACCUCUCUUGCAAUGACAGUAAAAAUGGCUCGUGUAUGGAAGUGUCGUCAUCAUCAGAAUCCGUGUCAGAGAAAGUGUUCUGGGCGUUGCUGCUUAUACCACUUCCUUUGGUUGCUGUGGUUGGAAACAUCCUGGUUAUCCUUAGUGUUUACAAAGAAAAGUCUCUGCAGACUGUUACGAACUACUUCAUAGUUAGUUUAGCUUGUGCGGACUUGUUAGUUGCAGCAGUUGUGAUGCCUUUUGCAGUUUAUGUUUUGGUUAACGUAGAUUGGGAAUUAAGUGAUACGUUAUGUGACUUUUAUAUUGCUGUGGAUGUUACCUGCAGUUCAGCGUCAAUAUUUAAUCUUGUUGCUAUAAGUGUAGACAGGUAUAUUGCUGUUACCCAGCCAAUUAAGUAUUCCAAGCACAGAAACAAUAAGAGAGUCUUCUUAAGCAUCGCAAUUGUCUGGGUUUUAGCAGCAGCAAUUGGAUCUCCAAUCGUUUUAGGAUUAAAUACUUCUCCAGAAAGAGAUCCUCAGCUUUGUGUUUUCUACAACUCAGAUUUUAUUAUUUUUUCAUCUCUGUUCUCAUUCUAUAUACCAUGCAUUGCUAUGGUAUGUCUUUAUUACAAAAUAUUUAAGGCCAUCCAUGAAAGAGCUAAAAAGAACAAAGAAAGAGCAACUGGCGGAAAUCGUCCUAGUCCAAGUAUUUCAACAAGCAAAAGCAAAUGCACGCAGAAAAAUUCUUCUGCUUCAUCUUCGUCCCAACAAAAAGUUACAACGCGAAGAGAAACCAUAACCACACAAACAAGCAAUAAUUUUCCAGAAGAUGAAAUAGAAGAUGAAGAUGAUGACGAACUAACGAUUGUUGCCGAUGGAGAAGAUCCUUUAGCAACGAAGGGAUCAACACCCGUUGUUGUCAAGUUGACAACACGUUGCAGUAACACAGACUCUGGCUAUGACGGCCCAUCUCAGCAAGAAACGCAAUUUACUAUUAACCCCAAGGCGGAUAUGCCCAACCAUAGAGGUAGCCUAGACGAUUCUCCUAAAAGCAACAAUAUAGAGAUUUCGCCAAAGCCAAGGAAAAAUGGUAUAUUGGUGAAAACAACAUCAAGAGGAAAAGGUGGAAUCGAUAAAAUAGUGGUAGAGAGGAAAAAGAAAUCUAGGUUCAAUUUAGGUAGGAGACAUAAAAGUAGCAGCAAGAAAAGAGAAAAGGCAUCAGUAAAGAGAGAAAGAAAAGCUACGAAAACGCUUGCUAUUGUUUUAGCUAUGUUCCUGAUCUGUUGGGUUCCUUUCUUUACCGCCAACAUUUUAGAUGCCAUUUGUAUUAAACUUGAAUCUCACACGUGGCGUCCUGGCAUGACAGUGUUUCUUCUCACCACCUGGUUAGGCUACAUCAACAGCUGUGUUAAUCCUGUAAUUUAUACGAUUUUCAACUUAGAGUUCAGAAAAGCAUUUAAGAAACUGUUGCAACAUUUCUGUAAUUCUUGCAGUGGCCCAUUAAGGUGA